UUAACCACUUCCCGUCUGGCCCAUGUACAUAAACAGCCGGACGGGAGUAGUGCAGGAGCGGGUGCCCAUUUAUAAACGUCCUCCCAUAUUUCCUGCCUGUGCGCACUCCCUGGGAGAGUGCAGCACCGUGAUCCGGUGCCCUCUGUGUCCUCUGGACACAGCAGAACACCGAACGCUGCACAGGACCUCAGUGAUCACAUGAAUAGUAGUAAGCAAGAUCAGGUCACAUGACAGUUGUAUACAAUGGAUGGCUUUUCAUGCCAUCCAUUGUAUACUACUGUCUAGCUGUGAAUGAUCACAGCUAAUCACAUGCACAUGUCAAAUCACAGC